GGCGCCGGCAAAUGCGGGUGCGAGCCAGUGGUUGGUGGGCCUGGUGUGUUGGGCGGGCGGGCCGGAGGCCGGGUCGCCUGAGCACGCGGCUUUCGGCGCCCUGACCCACGCUCGGCUGGUGGCUCUGUGGAGGGACACGGCGGGGGCUCCAAGCGGCCGCACGGCGGGGAGCGGCGGCGGCGGCCUCAGGUCCUGAGUCUCUAUAGAAGCUGAAAUCCAUCAAUCUCCGUUCUUCAAAAUGCAAUGGAACGUACCAAAGACUGUAUUCCGACUGGCACGUAGGACAUGCAUGGAACCAGAUAAAGGUGGUCUUUUGGGACACUGUCAAAACAUGAAGGGACCAUUACUUUUGUAUACCUCGGAAUCCAGAGUGGUUUGGGUACAGGGCCCUCAGAAACGAUGGCUGCACUUACGUGCUGCCCAGUGUGUUGCAAAGGAAAGGAAGCCAUUCAUUGCUCACCCACCCCAACCAGGGGUCCUUCAUAAACAGUGGGAGCAGGAUAUCUUAUCCAAGAGGGUUCUGUCAUCCAGUGCUGGAUCCCCAGGAACUCCCUCUGAAAAAAAGGAAGAACCUGAUCCUUUACAAGACAGAUCAAUUAGUCUUUAUCAACGAUUUAAGAAAACAUUUAGACAAUAUGGAAAAGUUUUGAUUCCAGUGCAUCUAAUAACUUCUGGUGUUUGGUUUGGAACGUUUUAUUAUGCAGCCAUAAAAGGAGUGAAUGUCGUUCCUUUUCUAGAACUUAUUGGGUUACCUGACAGCGUAGUAAACAUUCUGAAAAAUUCCCAGAGUGGAAAUGCACUAACAGCAUAUGCCCUGUUUAAGAUUGCAACGCCCGCGCGGUACACUGUGACCCUGGGGGGGACCUCCUUCACUGUGAAGUAUCUGCGCAGCCGUGGCUACAUGUCGACGCCACCUCCUGUGAAGGAGUAUCUGCAGGACAGGAUGGAGGAGACAAAGGAGCUCCUCACAGAGAAGAUGGAGGAGACAAAGGACAGACUCACUGAAAAACUGCAAGAAACCAAAGGAAAGGUUUCUUUUAAGAAAAAAGUGGAAUAGGGUGCCUUAUAUACCAGGUUAUAGACAGUUCCUGCACUUUAACCCUCGGGGACUAUGGACAAAGGUACAUGCUCUUGAUUAUUUUUUUCGUUAGCAGCCUAAAUAUAGCAGUUCUCUGAGGGUUAAAGAACUAAGAUAACUUUUUAAAGUUAAACAUCACUAGAAAAAUCAGUGUUUUUUGAAAAGAAAAAAUGAACCCGGUAUAAGAAUUUCAUGUCAGUAGCAGCGUUAAGCAGUGGUCCAUGUCUUCAGUCAUCCUUGCUUUGUCUUUAGAUAGCUGCUGACUCCUUGAAUAGCUGGUGCGGCCGUACACAGAUUUAACACUAGGUCUUCAUCUUUGUUAUUCUUUGAGGUUUUAACGAUAUUCACUUCUCAAUGUGGAGACAAACUGUUAUCAUCAGAACUGCCUGUGAAUAAGAGGAUAUUUAGUCUUUCUCUAAAGAUAGUAUAUAACGGUUACAUACCAGUUAAAAUGUAGACUUCAUAUAAAGAAAGCUGAAUGAAAAUUGGGUCAUAUAUAUGUAAAUAAGAUGUAUUGGUUAUAUGUAAAUGAAAAAUUGACCCUUUAAAAAUGAUUUUUACCUGAAGCUUGCCAUAAUCAAAUUUUUUAAGCAAAUCUGUGCGGUCAUGGCACUUUCUCACCCAGAAUGUAAAACUGUUAUUCCUGCAUCAUGUCCUCUCCAACUGAUCUCUCAGAGGAAAAGGGAAAAUCAUUACACCUUAAGUUUAUGGUGGAGAUCAGAUACCCUUAGCAGUACCUGGAGCUUGUGGUUCUCGGCAGUGCAGGUUUGGGAGGAUGGGACCUGCCUGUCCCUGCCACCUGGUCUCCACCAGCCAGAGUCGGUCUUGAUUCCAUUAUGGAGUAAAAUUUUAAGAUUGUAGCUGCUGUUUUCCUCUUGCAUUGAAACAUCCUUACUUGAGCAUUUUACUUGAAUUUUUUAAGUAGCAAAGCUGUCAUUAAAACCUGCUUGGAAUGAAAUUCAGUCGUUGUCAGAUGUGAAAGUUGCCACAAUUUGUGUGGGUGUGUUUGAGGAUGUGUUUGUGUGUUUCCUUUUGCUCUGACUGCCUUUACUUCAGUUCUAACCUUUGAAUUGAAAGAGGGAACGGCCUCUUUCUAGAUUGUCUUUGUUGUGAGUGAUCUAAUAAGGCUGCAGGCAUCACUGCUGUGAGGCAGGGUUUUUGUAUUAAAUACUGGGUUUGGCCAAAUUUAGAGAAUACUUUAAAGGGAAAAAAAUGUUUGCAUUUGAUACGUCUCAUCAUUAUAUUGGCUGUGCUGUGGUUGGACUCU